AUGAGAGAAAAAUUGUUCAUAGAAACGAAAGAAAAAGAACAAUUGGCUUCUCAGCUUGCGGAAUUGAUUGGGCACUAUACUCAGAUUCAUACUGCUUAUACGAAACUUAGUGAAUUUACAAAAAAUGAUGUGGAGGAAUCUGCCCUGAGAACUCAACUAAUUCAUUUGCAAACAGCAAUGAGUGUUGUCGUGAAGGAAAAAACAGCUUUAUUACAGCAAAUAAGAGAAAAGAGUGAACUACUCUACAAACAGAAUGAACAGAUUCGUAAUCUUACGACUGAAAUGUGUCAGAAAAAUUCGCAAAUUUCGUCAUUAGAGACAGAUAUUCAGUUGCUGCACGAAGAAACCAAUGCAUUAAGCCUUGCAAUUCAGAAGCAAACGGAACAGGCAGAGAAUAAUCAAAAAGAAGCAGUUAACUGGCAAAAUGAAAUACUUCGUUUGCAGCAAGAUCGAGAUGAUGCUAAGGAACGAUUGAAAGUUUGCAUGAAAGAAUCUGAGGCCGCUCUAGCUGAACUUGAUAGAGCUCGUAAAUUAUUACACAUGAAGGAUAUUUAUCUUCGUCAGAUAGGUGCAUAUACAGGUGUCACGGCUUCAGUUGAAAACGGUGUCGACAAUUUAGUUGGUAGGUUGCAUUACAUUUUUAAAGUCGAUUUUUUUCACUACGAAGUAGAGCAUUUGAGAUCUGCGCUAAAAAAGUCAUCAGAAGAGGCGGAAAGGUGGAAAAAAGAAACGCAGUUAGCUCGUGAACAUUAUGAAUCUUAUGGUGCACAAUUAAAUCAAAAAAUUGUUUUGGUAAGCUCUAAGUUGGAAGAAGUGUCAAAUGUAAAAAUGGCUUUGGAAUCAAAAGUUCAGGCUUUAGAAAAUCAAGUGGAAUUGUUGGAAACCAUGGCGAAAAAGACGAUUCUAAAUAUUGAUGAAAACAGCUCUUGUGGGGUACGUUUUGAGAAAAGUCAUUCUUUAAAAGAUGAUGACACAGAAAAUCGGCAAAAUAAAGGCAUGGAAAGUCUCCAAAAAGCAGAAUUAGUAAUUGAGGAGUUAAAGGAAAAGCUGACAAAUAAAGAACAAGAGGUUCAUGCACUAUCCUCUGAACUCACCAAAGUGGUUAGUCUUACCAAGAAAUCAGAACUGAUGAAGAAUGAGCAUGAAUUAAUUGCAACCAAAGAUUCUCUAGCAAAGACUCAUUUGUUUAUUGAUGAACAGCAGAAACAUGCGGAGGGAGUACUUUUGUUAUCGGAACAGUUACAAAAUGAAAAGGCUACGGUUUCAAGAGCUAUUGCACAGAAUCGAGAACUUAAGGAACAGCUUGUCGAAUUGCAGGACAAAUUGGUUACCGUUACGCAGGAAAGCAUGGAAAGGGAAAGUGGAAGAUUAAGUGCACUUCAUUUAGUUGAUCAGCUUAAAAAUGAGUUGAAUUCGCGUGAAGCCCAGCCGCCUUGCGUUGAAAAUAAUUGUCACAAUCAGUUUUCCGAUUUACGUGAACCUGAUGAGCUUCGAUUUUAUAACUUUCAGACGGUUUCAACACCAUCAGCUUCAGAAUGCUAUGAUCGUGAUGUGUCACUUUCUCAUACGGAAGAUACUCAAGCUCGUACAGAAGUAGAAUUAGCCAAUGUGAAAAUGAUUUUAGAUGAUUUGAGACUUGAGCAUAGAAGGGUGGCACAAGAAAAUUCGGAAUUAAGGAGGUUGAUUAUGAUCGUUUAUUUUGAAUACUGUUGUGCUGUUCGUUGCUUUAUGUCUUUGGAUGGAUUAAGCUUCUUUGGAAAUAUUUUUUCCUUAGUGUUUUUAGCGCUUUCUAUAGAAGAAAAACCAUUGGCUUGGACAGAACUGGAGGCUCGUUUUACUCGAGCAAUGCUACAAAUAGCAGACCUUGCCGAAGAAAAAGAACGGCUCCAGCACAUUGUUAUGCAGCUAGAAACUGAAAACGAUACAAUUGGUGUGCAAAUGACACGCGAUUACGUGACUCUGUAUCAACAUCAAAGAAGAAAAAUUAAUGAAAGAAUACGGGAAAGAGAAGAAGCGGUCGCGAAAUUGUCGUUUGAGAAAGCACAAGUGCAGCAAAAAUUAAACGAAUUACAAGAAACGUUGGUAAAUUUGCUGUCGAAAAAAGGGUUGUUGCAUCCUUAUGAUUAUAAUAAGGAGCUAGGUGGAAGUCGGAGCAUACAUUUAAAACAAUCCCAGAAAAUCAAAUCCAAUAGACAUAAUACUGCUAAUAGUUCUCCUAAUAAUGAAAAGAUUAUUGGCAAUGCAAAAAUGAUUGUUCCCAACAGUCCCGAUUCGUGUAUUGAGAGCAUAAACGAUUUUGAGACGGAGAAACUCAAUGAUGGCAUUUUCGAGCAUGAAAUCAAGGAGUAUAUUUCAGAUAAUGAUGAUGGUGUACAAGGAAUUUUAAAUCUUAUAUCAGAACUUCAGGAUUUGGAGCGUUCAAGAAUUCUCCCACCACGUAGUCCAAAUUUGCACUGUAGUGAGUGUCGUGGGAAGCUGAUAAAUUUGUAA